GCUGUUAUUGUCACGUGAUAGCUGACUCGACGCUACAAACUGUUACAGAGUCGUGACUCGUAACUGCUAGAAAUGAUGAAAUAUUAAGAAACAAACUCUGCCUACGAGUGACUAAUAACUUGGUAUUCUUCUCGCAGCGUUAGAUCAUCUGACGCGGACUCGAUGUACACACUUUAAAACAGUCUAACAGUCUAACGUUACGGUUAACGUUAGCAUUAGCCGAAGCGUCACGGAAGGAGGAAAAGGGGCGUGCGCGCCUCCCGACAACCGACUGAACUCCGGUCUGUUUUCAGUAUGCGGAACCGGCAAAGGGGAUCCCAUCUGGGCCUGAUGCUCCUGGCCUCCCAGGUGUUUCAGAUGGGUCUGGACAACAUCCCCCCAGUCACUCUGGGCGUCCUGGGACUCAACGUGUACCUCUACCUGUUCCCUGCAGCUCCACUGAUGCAGGCCUGUGUGAGCGUCCAGCAGGCAUACUGGUUAAAAGACUGGCGCCGCCUUCUGCUGUCCCCGCUGCACCAUGCAGAUGAUUGGCACCUCUACUUCAACAUGUUGUCCUUCCUCUGGAAAGGCACCAAGCUGGAGCAACGGCUGGGCGGGCCCUGGUUCCUCUACCUGCUGUCAGUCUUCUCUCUGCUCACCGGAUUGGUCUAUCUGGUGUUGGAGGCCGCCUUGACAGAGCUGACCCAGGACCAGUCCUACAGCAUGGCCUGUGCUGUUGGCUUCUCAGGUGUCCUAUUUGCUCUGAAGGUGCUCAGUAACCAUUACCACCCAGGAGGUGCGAGCUACGUGAUGGGGUUCUCUGUAUCCAAUCGCUAUGUUAGCUGGGUGGAGCUAGUGCUGAUCCACAUAACAUCACCCGGGACCUCUUUCGUCGGCCACCUGGCGGGUAUCCUGGUGGGUCUGCUCUACACUGCUGGACCACUGAAGGCUGUCAUGAAGAAAUGUGCAGGGUUUGUGACAUUGAAUGGAUACAACUCCCGGUCGAAUGCGCACUACGGCUCUUCAGGCUCUUCGGGCUACAGCGGCUCUGGAGGAGCAUACUCAGGUUACCAUCAGUCUCCACCAGAAUACACAUCAAAUCCUCCAGCGUCUUACUCAGGGGGACUGACGGAGGAGGAGCAGUUGGAGGCGGCUAUCAGAAACAGUCUGAAUGACGGAGGACAACCCAGACAGAGAGGAGCUCCUCCUCCUUAUGGUUUCCAGCGCUCUCAGGAGGCGACAGCUGAGGACAUCAGGUUGAGGAGACUUAGGAGGUUCGACAGCUGAACAGCCGGCCCACCGGAGGGGAAGAAGAAGGUGUUGUAGGUGCCAAGAGAGGAGCUCUCUCCUGAAGCCUGCUCCACAAUUCUGCUACACAGACUGACACUUGACCAGCUCUUGUGUUGGGCCUCUUUACCAAAGAGCUAAUGGUAGCUAUGGAAAGCUACUGAAUAGCUGUGAAUAACUAAAGAGUUCAAGGGCUUAUGAGCAGGUUAGCGUUGGGGCGUGUCUGAUGAUGCUGAAGCAGCACAAAGUGAAUGGGCCCUUGUUUUGAUUUUCUGUUGUUCCACCACUUGAGGGGGCAAUUUUUCUUCUUUUUCUCCAACCAAGCCACAUUAGACCAGGUGUAGAUAUAAAUUCUGUAUUUUAAUUUGUCAAACCUGUGAAAUCGAAUUUUAUUGGAGAUGGAUAUGCCAAUAAAAAUAUUUGUUGUCUUUUUGGUGAGAUGUUAAAUCUAACCCAUACAGUAUUUACUUUGAGCUGCGGGUCCCCGCUGAGCAGUGCUAAACAAGUUAUUGACAAAAUGAAUUACCCCAAAAUAUUUAAUGCCUCGUAUUACUUCUAUUAGUCAUUUCAUCUACUUUUCUUCUUUUCUUUUUUGCAACUGUACCACCGUACUACUUUGACCUUUCCAAAAGGUCACCCAGCAAGAGGGACACCAGCUCUAAGCAAAGUUCCCAAACGUGUCAAAGAAGUACAUCGCUGGCUCCGUUUCCCCCAAAGCCCUGAGGCAUGAUGGGAAGUAGGACAGCUUAGAUUAGAGGCAAGAAAAUCCAAAUUGAGCGUUUUUGUUUAGAUCUUUUUUCUUUAAUGCUGGCUAGAAACCAACAUGAGUGUUAAAUCCAUUGUGGUGGCGACAAUCUGAAGCGUUUCUGUUCAUUUAUCUCUUCAGAUGUUUUUGUUGUCAUCACAUAGCAACCAAAACCAACAUAUUGGUGCUUUUUAAAAAAAUUCAAAACAGUUUGCAGUUCCAUUGUUGGAUGUUAACGGAGUGAUUUGUGUAUUCAGCGCUCCACUGCUCGCACUCAUUCAACGGUUUACACGCUGCCCACCAAAGUAUACGGAAUUUUUACUAUAUUUUCUACAAGCAGACUGGGGAUAUUGUGUUUAUACAUAUAUAUUGUUGUACUUUACCUGUAGCUGAUCAUUUAAAUAAUGUCCACACAACAAUAAAAGAGGUGGGAACAACA